AUGGAGCAAUUUUCGGAUUGUGCAAGAAUAAGUCUUCUCUUAGAAGAUGAUAUCUCUAUAUGCACGGAGAGAGAGAGAGAGAGAGAGAGAGAGAGAGUAGAAUUGGCCACUCAUGAAAUCUGGACCAUUUAUCAAUCGGCCUUGCUGAGCUUCAGUGACCAGGACUUUUAUCAGGAAGAACCUGGUUCCUCAUCUGUUCUUCGAACAAGUUACGGAGACACAUUGGAAUUCGGAGAAUUCCAAAUUGAUGGAAGAUCUGCACGAGGAGGACAGCAUUCUGCAAAUGAUGUUGCGGCAGAGGCUUUAAAUUCAGGUGAUGCUGCGGCCGCACUGGCCAUAUUUAGGGAGAAACUCCCUAAAGACUAUAUUAUGCAGUACCACAACAUUAAAAACAAUUUAGACCGUAUAUUUCAAAAACCUCCAGAGGAUUAUGUUAGUCCAUUUCCUUUAUCUUCUUUUAAUUCCGUUCCACAGGAAUUAUCUGAUUGGGUCAAUCAGAAUGUGAAGGAUUCCGCUGCGCGGCCAUGGAGACCGAUAAGCAUUGUCAUCGAAGGUGAUAGUAGAACCGGCAAAACAAUGUGGGCUCGGUCUCUAGGCCCACAUAACUACUUAUGUGGGCAUUUAGACUUAAGCCCAAAGAUAUACAGUAAUGGGGCUUGGUAUAACGUCAUUGAUGACGUCGAUCCGCAUUAUCUUAAGCAUUUCAAAGAGUUUAUGGGGGCCCAACGCGACUGGCAGUCCAACACAAAAUACGGCAAGCCAAUUCAAAUUAAAGGUGGCAUACCCACUAUCUUCCUUUGUAAUCCUGGUCCACGUGCUUCUUAUGAAAGCUAUUUAGACGAGGACAAUAAUUUGGCUUUAAAAGCAUGGGCAUUAAAGAAUGCCAUAUUCCACUUCCUAGAUUCACCCCUAUAUUCUCCAUCUCCGAAUGAGGAAUUGCAUCUGUCCCCCGGGUGA